CUCCGCACAAGCCACGAGUGCGAGCCCCAUCGGCUUCGCCAUCCGAAACUCUCAUCUGUCUCUCCUCAGCUGCACAGACACCGUCAGCCAAACGGACACUCCUUCUCUCCUGCCCCGACGCCAGCAACCGAUACACCCCUCGAACCCGCCGAACUAUCGAUUGAUCAUACACUCGCUAUUCCGAUUUACCUUCUGAUACAUAUAAUUUGCAACACUCGAGAAAUCUCUGUCGCCUGCCCGCACCAUGCCGCCGAACCAUCCGCCCCGUAUGCCCCCUCCGCCUUGGGUUAUCGACCUCAAGAACCUCCCUGCCAACAAGCCGCGCCCGGUGUCCUCCUCGAUCCCCGACCCGCCUGGAUUCUCCGCUCCCUCCGGCUCCAAGAAAUCCGCGAAACUAGGCCCCAGCACGUCCGCGAAUCCCAGCGAAACCGAUGACCUGUUCCUAAAGAAAGCGUGGGAGAUCGCACUUGCGCCCGCGAAGGCCAUCCCGAUGAACGCUAUCAUGAUGUACAUGUCUGGCAACACGCUCCAGAUCUUCUCCAUCAUGAUGACUGUCAUGUUGUUCAUGAACCCGAUCAAGGCUCUCUCGACUGUUGGCUCCACGUUUUCUCGUUUCGACAACGAGCGUACCCACGCCAGACUCUGGCCGGUUAAGCUCGCUUUCAUCGCUUUGCAAAUCGCCACGAUAGCACUCGGAAUCUGGAAGGUUAACGGGAUGGGCUUACUACCGACUACACGCUCGGACUGGCUCGCAUGGGAGAGGGAACGACAACCGAUGGAAUACUCUGCACCAGCCUUCCAGGCAAUUCUCAACUAAUAGAGAUAAGUGACGGAUGUGUCACUGUGAGAGAGGGGGGGGGAGUGACGCUGUGGAUUACGAGAUUUUCCUUUCUUGUCCUUGACUGCCUUUAGGAGCAGUAUUAUGCAUGCAUACUUGAUGUGGUGGUUGCGGAGAAUUGAACAAAGUGGCAUCACAUUAUCAUCACAAACAAACUUGGC